GCUGUGGCUCAAAGACCCAACAAAUGAGCCCAAGUGAGAGAGAGAAAAAGAAGCACUAGGAUGAAAGAAUUUAUAUUUUUCUUUAUGUCUGUCACAAACUUUGCCGCCAAAGCCAAUCUCACUUUCCCGCCAAAAUCCUUGGACCCAAUUGUUGAGGUUACUGAGUGAUCUAAAAGAGAGAGCAACAUCUCAUCUGCUUUCGCUCGAACUUGAAUAAUCCCAAUUGUUUGAUAGAAAUUUAAAUGCAGAUUCAGGUAAAAUGCAGCUGCGGAGAGGAGAAAUGCGCGGAAUGGGCAAUUCUAGAGCUUCAAGGUGUUGUUGAAGCCCAACCCUCCUUCAAAGAUCGACUCCAAAAUCUUCGAAUUGGCACCCUCUGCCGCCCCACUUAUCAGGAAACUUAUACAUUUACGGUUGGAUAUCAUGAGUUGACUGGAACCAAGGUGCCCUUGAAAAAACCAAUGUUAGUAUUGAAGAAAAUCAAAUUUUCCACUGAAGAAGAGAAGGGUGACGUCAAUUCAUCAAGGGUGGAAUUGGACGUUAUUGGAGUAAUUCGUCAAAGGAUUCUUUUUAAAACUAGACCUAAGGCGCUCAUAUCAAAACCUCAACCUACAGAGAAGGGAAAAGUCAGUGCUGCAGUGUCCUCUAUGUACAAUUGAAUCGUACUGUUCAUGCAAUUUUGUUGAUAUUUCAAAGAUGGAGGCUUUGAUUCCUCUAUUCUUCCAAGUGAAGGGUUGAUUGCUAGUGUUGCGAAAUGACUGCAUUGUAUAUCACCCUGUAAUUUCCUUGAUUGGCUGAAAUUGUACGUGACCUGGAACUCUUACACAGUGACAGUAAUUUGAUAUAUAUACUGAACUUCAAUGACUCGUUUCAA